UGGAGAGGUACCAGACCAUGAUCUUCGAGCGUUGGAGACUUCAUGUCAACGAAACAGAUUUCGCUUUAAACCGAAGACUUCCUUUUCCCACUAAAGUCUGGAUUUAUCAAUUACUUGCCGGUCCGGGCGACGGACUUCUAUUUUGCCUUUCGGGCAUAUCAAGGACUACCCGUGGGCUCAACAAACAUCGCAGACUACUCCCUUCUCAGCUCACCCUAUCUCAUAGAGACUUGAUACUUCGCAUAGGCAUCAAUAUCCGAGAUGGACAAUUUUCCCCCGGAGGAAAUCGCAUACCAGACAGCACAUAUCAGCGAAGACCGCAGUGUCCUCGUUAUAGCAGUUUCCUUAGUAUUUUUGGGAGUAGUUAUACUCUCCUUGAUCCUUCGUAUCACUGCCAGAAGAGUUGGCAACUCGAAACUAGCUUUGGACGACUACCUUUCGAUUGGAGCAACAGUUGCGUUGAUAGGAGUUACUAUAUCGGCAUGUUACGGUACGUUCAGCGCAGCCCGGACUCUUUGCCUCUAUAUUAACAAAGACCAGGCUACGUUGGCGAUGUCGGUGUGCUACCCUUGGAGCAUCGCUCUGGCUAAGUUGUCGGUGCUCUCACUUUUCGCCCGGAUUUUUACCAUGAGUAACCGCACUAUACAAAUUGGUGUAUAUUUCUUCACAGUGUACACGAUCUUAUGGUGGAUAUCAUUGAUAUUUUUAGUUUUCUUUCAGUGCAGGCCAUUUAGCAGCAAUUGGGGCAUCCCAUCUCAGUGCCACGUCAGUUUUGCUACGAGCGUAUCUACUGGUGUUCUCAAUGCGAUUUCGGACAUAGGCAUACUAGCUUUGCCACAACCAGCAAUAUGGAAAUUGCAGCUGUCACUAUCCAAGAAGCUCGCUCUGAGUCUAGUGUUCCUGACGGGUGGAUUGUGA